CAGCCUCUAGCUGGUUUCUGCUGUGUCUCUCAGCUACCCACUCUCUGUGGGACUUUGAAAGCAGCAGGAGGAGAGGAGACCGAGAAUCCAGCCACUAACCCCUGAGUGCCCUGUGGCACUGUCACUCACCAUUUCACUUUGAAAAGUAGGCCACCGGGGCUGUUAGGUAGCUGCCACCAUGAGUUUGGGCAUGAUGGAAGAGGAGGACUUGGCCGAAUACUUCCGGCUACAGUAUGGGGAGCGGCUGCUUCAACUGCUGCAGAAGUUCCCAAAUGUUGAGGAGCAGUCAGACUCCCCAUCUAUCCAGCUCCUGGAGAAGAAGAAAGAGGCCAAGAUCAUGCAGGAGGCCAUGGAACAUAAGAAGGAGGCAUUCCAACGGAGAAUGGAAACGCUGAACUUGCGCUGGGAAGAACUAGGUAUUAAGGAAGAGCAGCUGAAGGCCCAUAUCCAGAAGUUCGAGCAAUUCAUCCAGGAGAACGACCAGAAACGGAUCCGAGCCCUAAAAAAAGCCAACAAGGAGCGUGAACUGAAGCGACUGCGCCUGCGGGAGCUGGCCAAGGCCAAGCAGGAGAUGAUGGCGCUGAGGCUGGAACACCAGAAGCUGAGUGUCAAGCUGCAAGACUACGCCAUCUUCAACAAGUACCUGGAGAAGGUGGUGGAGAACUCUGAGUUUGAAGAGAUCCACGAGGUGAUUGCCCGCUACAAGACCCUGGUGAGCAUGCACCAUGACCUCAUGCAGUCGGCUCAAGAAGGCCAGGAGAAGAUUGAACGUGCCAAGGCGCGGCUGGCCCGCUACAUGGAGGAGAAGGACGAUGAGAUUCUUCAGCACAACAACGAGCUGGCCCGCCUGCAGAUGCGCUUCGACCGGGCCCGCAGUGAUGUCAUCUUUUGGGAAUCUCGCUGGGCACACAUCCAAAACACGGCGGCCAAGAAGACCCUCCUGCUUGGCACCAUUAAGAUGGCGACGCUGAACCUCUUCCAGAUCGUGAGCAAGCAACUGAAGGAAUCCACCCAAGUGUCCCUGGAGGACACACACAAACAACUAGACAUGAUCCAGCAGUUUAUACAAGACCUGUCAGACAUCUGGACAGAAGUAAAGAAGAAAGAACAACAGCAAGUCCGGAUGUAAGGAAGUAACAUGCUUCUAGAAUGUUCCAAGACACUUGAGAGAAAAGACCUAGGAAAGAGAAGGUUCCUGGUGAGCCUGUGGUCUAGUCCCCCUAGUCCAGCUGUUGAAGACCAACUGCUUCCUGAUGAUGAACCACCUCCCUACCUCCCCCCCCCCGCCCCCCGUUGGCUUUCCCCUCCAGCCUCAGUUUGUCCCAUCCCUAAAAACAUUAAAUGUUAUAAGAA